GGAGGAACUGAUACCAAAAUAUCAGUCCCGUUUCGCACUGCGAAUCACAAAUCAAAUCCCCUUCUUAAACCUCUCCCAACUUGAUCCACUCGCUCCCCAAGGAACCUCAUUCCAUUUCAAUCUUCCCCAGAAAUUUUCAAAUUCAGAGGUUUUUCAAAGAUUGAAACCGAUUCUCGCGGAACCAGGUGAAGAGGGGAAGUUUUUCUUUUUUCCUUUUGGGGUUUUCGAGAGAAUUUUGGUGAUGAUGAAUGGGAUUUAGGAUUUUCCGGUGUAGAAGGGUUGGAAGAGAGGAUGAAGAUUCAGUGCAAUGUCUGCGAGGUGGCGGAGGCCACCGUACUGUGUUGUGCCGAUGAGGCGGCGUUGUGCUGGGCCUGCGACGAGAAGAUUCACGCCGCCAACAAGCUCGCCAGCAAGCACCAGAGAGUUCCUCUCUCUGGUUCUUCGUCUCAGAUGCCCAAAUGCGACAUCUGCCAGGAAGCCAGUGGCUACAUCUUCUGUUUAGAGGAUCGAGCAUUACUUUGCAGGAAGUGUGAUGUUGCUAUACACACGGCAAAUACUUAUGUUUCUGCUCAUCAGCGCUUUCUGCUUACUGGUGUGAAAGUGGCACUUGAGCCAACUGACCCUGUUGCAUGUUCUUCCACGCCUAAGGCAGAAUCUAGAGAGAAAUCUACUGAGACAAAAGUUGUAUCACGAUCGUUACCUCAAAGAGAAUUCUCCAUACCCUCUCCUGGUGAACUCAGCAGGUCCCUGUCUAUACCAAUUGGAUCUGAGGACUUUGUGCCAAAUAAGAUUUUUCUUUCUGGAGAUUCUAUUUCUGGUGGCUUUUCACAAUGGCAUAUGGACGAAUUUAUUAAUCUGACUGGAUUCAACCAGAGUUAUGGGUAUAUGGAUAAUGGAUCAUCCAAGGCUGAUAGUGGUAAGCUAGGAGAUUCUGAUUCACCAGUUUUGAGAGCUGCCGAGGUCGAACUGGACGAUGAUGAUGAGUGCUCAGGCCAGGUUCCAGAGGCUUCCUGGACUGUGCCUCAGAUUCCCUCCCCACCCACAGCUUCUGGUUUAUACUGGCCAAGAAGUUACCAUAAUUCUAUGGAUGGUGCUGUUUUUGUUCCUGACAUCUCCGGUUCCUCAGAAAGAGUCCAACAUUGCUCACAUAACGGUACAUUUUCGAAACGCAGGAGGCAGUUCUAGAUGUCCGAACAAGUUCAUUUCUAGUGUUCCAAUUCUCAACCUCUGCUGGGUUUGUUGUGUUUAUAGUCUUUCAAUUACAAUUGGAUUAUAAUAAGUGGACACGACCAAAGUUUAUUGUUUGAAAUGUAUACCUGUAACGUAACCACUAUAGUUUAGGAUUUGUUACAUUGAUGUAGAAAUAAAAACCUGUGCAUUAGUUGACCUUCUAGGUAUUCUUUUUCAGAUUUAUUUCAUACAUCAUAUGGGGUAGUGUUUGUUUUCACAAGAUGAUUAUGUUCCUAUUCAUGUUGACCGAUUUGAUUAUUUGUAGUUCUACAAAAGAAAAUUUUGUUUUACUA